AUGUCUUACCAGCAGCAGCAGUGCAAACAGCCCUGCCAGCCUCCUCCUGUGUGCCUACCCCCAAAGUGCCCUGAGCCUUGUCCUUCUCCAAAGUGCCCUGAGCCUUGUCCCCCAAAGUGCCCUGAGCCUUGUCCUUCUCCAAAGUGCCCUGAGCCUUGUCCUCCUCCCUCAUGCCAGCAGAAAUGCCCUCCUGUGCAACCUCCUCCACCAUGCCAGCAGACAUGCCCACCGAAGAGCAAGUGA